AUGGAUGAACCACUGCAUUUCAUCACUCACAAUGGUGUACUGAACACUGCAUGCCUACUUGUACUCGUUCUGUAUAUGACCGUCGGAUUUUUUGGAUAUUUGCGGUUUGGCAACGACAUUAUGGAUACUCUCACGUUGAAUUUACCACAGACAAACUUCUAUCAAGUGAUUAAGCUGAUGUUCGUAGCUUGUAUACUAGUUUCAUAUCCACUUCAAUUCUAUGUUCCCAUGGAACGCAUUGAGAAAUGGAUCAAACGCAAG